CACGUGGUUAAGUCAUCAUACUCGGAAGAAUGACAUGUUUAUUUAUCGUUGCUAACAUUUCAGGUAUCUUAAUGCUAAAAGGGCACAAACGUUGGUAGGACCAAGAUGGCAUCUUACUUUGAUGAACACGACUGUGAGCCCACCAACCCUGAGGAACAGUAUCGCCAGAAUGCACUUCUUGAAUUGGCCAGGUCUUUAAUGCAGGGCUUGGACUUACUUGACUCAGGGGCGUUUGACUUGUCAGACUGGGACCAGCGUCUUCCUCCUCCAGCUGCCAAAACUGCUGUUCAGACCCUUACCGUGGUCAUCAUUUCUCCAGAGCAAGCAGACAAAGGUCUCAAGUGUCCCGUGUGUUUGCUGGAGUUCGAGGAACAAGAGACGGUUCGAGAAAUGCCCUGCAAACACCUUUUCCACUCAGGAUGUAUACUGCCCUGGCUGGGCAAGACUAACUCCUGUCCACUCUGCCGACUUGAAUUACCGACCGACAAUCCAGAGUAUGAGGAGUUUAAAAAAGACAAGGAGAGAAGAAGACAGAGAGAGCACAGGCUGGAAGACCUACAUGGAUCCAUGUACACAUGACAUGCUGUGGUGCAAGUUUGUGGCACAGUGACAUUGUACUAAAUUUGACAUUAUAAAUUUUACAAAUGUGCACUAUGCUGUGUUCAUGCCAUGUCAUACAGAAUGUAAUUUCAAGCAUGAGGAUGGAAAAUCAUGCCCGUGUCUGCCUCAUAUUUGUAGUUAAGAGUUAGAAACAUCAGUGACAUCUACAAUAUCUCCAAAUUGACAAAACAAAGCUACAGAGCUACAGGAAAUUGUUAGCAAAAUGGCUGCAAAGCCACCAUCACAGGCAGCUCCAUCUAAAUAAAACCCAAUAUUACAAAUAUGCAACACAAUAAUAACAGUAACAGAGGAUUUUCCUGUUCCUUCCAUUCAUUUGACAUGGCUUGAACGCAUCAUAAGACAUAGGAACAUUAAAUAAUGCUGAUCUUUAAGUUGGAUAAAUGCUCUUUUCUUACUUGUUAGGACGAAUAUAUUCUAAGGUUGCUAUGCUUUGGACAGUAGGCCUGAAACAUUUUAGUUCAGUGUCUUCAUUCCUUUUUCUAAAUAUAAAAUCAAUGAGCUUUAAAUAUAAAAAAGACAUCUGUUGAGUUGUUUUUGUCUAAUUAAUAUGAAUAAUUUAAAGAUAUGAACAUGCUUUAAUCAAGGACUGUUUUUACACAAUAUUGUUUAAAUCUGAGAGAAUUUUGAAAGUGCACUCCAGCAGUGUAGUAUCAAUAGUGUACACUCACAUCAAUUCUGCAUAAUAAUUAAAGACAUAGUGAAAGAAGAAAUGUCAAAGUUGAAGCAACAGAGGUCAAAUCAUCUCGAUCUAUAAUUUCUAGUAUAGGUCGAACUCCAAAGAUGCUGGAUCCUACAUUUCUCAUUAUGCAUAAUGUUAGACCCUUCCUGCCUGUCUUUCACACCUUGCCAUCAGUGUAACACAGGCUCUCUGUAAAUGUGUGGUCUCCAAGCCAAAGGACAAACUGGACAAAGCUCAUCUAGAGCCACAGAAGACAUUAUUUUUGUGAGUCGUACUACUCAUGCUGAGUAAACUGACCUUCAUGUGUACAAUUGUUUGGAGUUCCCCUUUAACUUGUCCCAUGAUGUUGCAUCUCCUCUCCACAGGCCUGGACAGAGGAACAAGCAGUAACAUAACCAGUAUGGUCUGGGUUGAUUUUGAUGCUUCUACAUCACAUGUUGAUUUAGACUGCUUUCAAACCACAGCAAUAAUCUGGGAAAAACUCAGUUUGCCGUUGGUGCUCAUGUCUUAACACACAUACUUGGACCUGCUGACACUGCUCAGCUUGGUUGUGAGUUUAAACCAACAGUAGGGCAGAAAACAGGUUAGACAAAUCAUCUCUGUUCUUCAGAUGUACUUUGAUACAUGUCUGUUUGGCAGCUUGUGAAUGUGAAAACACAAAAUAUUUCUCCUUAAUUCUUUCUGUUGAUUUUAAGUAGGUCUACAGAGCAUGUUCACUUUGCACAGCGUGUUAAGGAAAGCUGUGUUUUGUUUUUCCUUCAGGGCUCCAGUUGUGCUGCAUAUUUGGUUGGCACGAAUAUUUUUUUUCUCUAAAUAUGAACACACUGAGAAGAAUGGGUUAUCUGUUUUCGCCUGUCCCACACUGGUGUUGUGAAGCAGCAAUAAAUAGCUUACGGAUGUGCAUGGAGAAGUUUACUGGUCUUUUAUAUUCCAACACAGAUUGACUGAAAAAUGUUGAAUUGUCUUAAUAAAAUAAAUUUGGUUAA